CCGGCCAAGUAAAUUUCUUCAAGAUCCCAUUACCCUUUCGUAAACAGCUGUUCAGUUGUCAAAUAUUGACCAAGAAUCCCCAUAAUGUCGGGAUUCCGUAGUACCUUUGGUAGUUCAAGUUACACCUAAAUAUCUCCCCUCUCCAGAUAAACACACAGCGUAUUUCAUUUCAAAUAGAAACUCUAAAGUAGAGAGAGAAGAGAAAAAAAAAGAGUUUCAGAAGCAGAAAGAAAAAUAAAAAAAUCUCUCUGUACAGCCAUGGAGAUCGAAUCAGCAGCAACACCGAUCCAGAAACCAUCAUUAACAAAUCGUUUAAACUCAUACGUAGCAGAAACCCGAGUUGGAAAACGAUUCAAACUAGCAGAAAGAAAAACAACAUUCACAACAGAAAUUCGUGCAGGAACAACAACUUUUCUAACCAUGGCAUACAUAUUAGCAGUAAACGCUAGUAUUUUAACAGAUUCAGGAGGAACUUGUUCAGUUUCAGAUUGUAUUCCGUUAUGUAAUAUUCAAGAAAUAUCCAUCAGAAAUUGUUCAGGUAUUGAUAUUUCAACAGGUAGACAACUCAACAUCAUCAACCCAGACGUUUCAUGUAAGUUUCCACCGAUUAAUCCAGGUUAUACGUCUUGUUUAGAGCGAGUUAGAAAAGAUUUGAUCGUUGCUACUGUUGUUUCUUCACUGAUUGGGUGUUUCAUUAUGGGUGCACUGGCUAAUUUACCUUUAGCUUUAGCACCAGGGAUGGGUACUAAUGCUUACUUUGCAUAUACUGUUGUUGGGUUUCAUGGAAGUGGUACUAUUCCUUAUAAGACAGCUUUAGCAGCUGUUUUCCUCGAAGGCUUAAUUUUUCUUGCGAUUUCAGCAGUGGGUUUAAGAGCUAAACUUGCUAAACUCGUUCCUAAGCCUGUUCGAAUCAGUUCAUCAGCUGGAAUCGGUUUGUUUUUAGCUUUUAUUGGGUUACAGAACAAUCAAGGAAUCGGUUUAGUUGGUUACAGUUCAUCAACUCUGGUGACAUUAGCUGCUUGCCCUAGAAGUUCUCGCGCUUCAUUAGCACCCGUUUUAUCGGCUGUGAAUGGAACAGUUUCGUUACUGCAAGGAGGUACCGUAUCGGGUGAUAUUUACUGCUUAAAUCAUCGUAUGGAAAGUCCGACUUUUUGGUUAGGUAUCGUUGGUUUUCUCAUCAUUGCGUUUUGUUUAGUAAAAAACGUCAAAGGAGCGAUGAUUUACGGUAUCGUUUUCGUAACGGCUGUUUCUUGGUUUCGUAACACCGGGGUUACCGUUUUCCCAAACACCGAUUCAGGUAACUCGUCUUUCGCGUAUUUUAAGAAAGUAGUUGACGUCCAUAAAAUUGAAAGUACAGCAGGGGCAUUAAGUUUUAAAGGUAUGAACAAAGGGUAUUUUUGGGAAGCUCUGAUCACAUUCCUAUACGUUGAUAUUCUUGACACAACUGGGACCCUAUAUUCAAUGGCUAGAUUUGCUGGUUUUUCUGAUAUUAAUGGUGACUUUGAAGGUCAAUAUUUCGCAUUCAUGUCUGAUGCAGCAUCAAUAGUUGUAGGGUCAUUGUUAGGUACAUCUCCAGUGACAACAUUUAUAGAAUCAUCCACUGGUAUUAGAGAAGGAGGGAGGACCGGGUUAACGGCGUUAACAGUUUCCGUUUGUUUUUUCUUUGCAUUCUUUUUUACACCAUUAUUAGCUUCAAUACCAGCUUGGGCAGUAGGACCGCCAUUGAUUUUAGUUGGUGUUUUGAUGAUGAAAUCAGUAGUUGAGAUUGAAUGGAAUGAUAUGAAACAAGCUAUACCAGCAUUCAUCACAUUGCUCUUGAUGCCACUGACUUAUUCUAUAGCUUAUGGUCUCAUUGGUGGCAUUGCAACUUAUGUUGUCUUGAACCUCUUUGAUUGGGGUGAAGAUCUUUUGAGGAAAUUAGGCAUUUUGAAGAAGAAGAAGGAGGUGAAAAGGAGGGAUAAUGUUGAAAAUGAAGGAGUCACAAAUGGGAAUAUUAAUCAUACUGAUAGAGAUGUUAAAGCACUUGAAGUUUAAGUGUGAAGAAGAAAUUAGAUUUGUGUUUCUUUUUGGGAUGUUUUUUUUUUUUUAAUUUACUUUUAAGCAGAAGAUAUGGAGCAAAGGAACAAAACAAGGAUUAGACAAUGUAAAUAAGGACAUGAAUAUAUUAAGUGGUGGUGGAGUAGUAGUUUUAUGUUUUCUUGCUGUGUGUUUUUUCUUUUUUUUGUUACUUUCUGUAAAUCAAAGUUUGAAACUCAUUUUCUGCUUCCUUCCACUAUAAAA